GUCUUUUUAACUGAUUUUGGCGAGUCACACUCCAUUACAAUUCAGGGCUAUUGCAAGAUUUGCCCAUCCCCUUACACAGAACUUUGGCUAGGGAAGCUAUAGUACCGUAUCUCGUUUUAGUGUUCAACCACUGCAAUGGCACAACCGAAACGAUGAAGACACAGCUCCUUUCCGUCAAUGCCGAGAACCAAGGCGAGGACGUGCCCAAUAAUAAGACGUUCCAAGUGGAAUAUUCCGUGGGCGGCCAAGGGAGACCCACUGUGGUUUUGUUGACUGGAUAUGGUGUUUGCAUGGAACAAUCAUUUUCCAAGAUCUUCGACGACCUUGCCAACAUGAGCACCGUCGUUGCAUAUAAUCGUCUAAAUUACGGCAAGAGCAGCACCAGCGAGCAACAACCACAGACAGCACGCGAGAUUGUAAUCUUCCUGAGGCAGUUUCUGUCUACGCUUCAAUCAUUACAUCCUGCCGUAUCACCACCCUUUGUGGUGGCGGGGCAUUCCAUUGGAGGAAUGUAUGCACAAUAUUGGGCACGACAAUACCCAGAUGAAGUGGAAGGUGUCGUCUUGUUGGAUUCCUCUCAUCCAGAUCAGUGGAAGCGUGGAGUUCGUCAAGAUGGCUGUUUAGCCAAGUGUUUGAAUGCUCUGGAUGCUUUAUGGAAUCCACAACAGCAGUCAGAGAUCUCCCAUUUUGAUGAAUCGGCUGCACAAAUUCAUGCCGCUCCCAAAUUUGACGGUGACAAGAUUCCACUCACAGUUAUCUCGGCAGGAAAAGCGUCGCUCUUUGCUCGCCUUUUGGUUUCAAAAGAAUCGAUUCGAGCCUUUCGAGAUUGUCAGCGAGAUUUGGCUGCCUUGUCUCCUCACUGUCGACAUAUUGUGGCUGACAACAGUGGGCACUUAGUUCAAAACGACCAACCGGAUUUGGUGGUACAAGCCAUCCGAGAUAUGCUGGCUUCUAUUCGAGGCCAACACAAGCAGGGAAAGAAGGACGACACUAGCUAGAGUUAGUCUGCUUGCUUCAGAUGCAGGAUGAGACUGAGGAUCGGACUGAAAUUGAGAAUCCAAAACAGGCGAGGUAGUAGCCAAGAUGUUCUUGUGAGCAGGAAGCCCAACACCAUCUUGGCAAAGUAGAAGGUCGCUGUAGCGGUUGGAAAACAGGAGUGAUGAUGCUGGUCGGUGUUGACUGGGAAGGGGUUAUCAUUGUUUCCCCCCCUGCUGUCGACAGCAGCAUCGAAGCGUGACUUGAAAUAGGGCGUUUCAUAUUGGUGUUGGUCUUGAGGCGCCACUGCUGUACCGGUACCAGGUAGCCACAGAAGGGAACGUGCUUACAGCCCCUUUCCACACACUCUUCUCGAGCAGCGGUCAGUUGUGAUGAAUGGAGUCGGUUAUAUCACAGUCGUACUAAUAGUGUAGUUUUCGUUUUUCAGGGCCGAGUUCCUUGAAGACAGGUACACUUCAAUAGUAUUCUUUUCCAAAACUUGAAAAG